AUGAAUGAACCAGUUUACCGGAACUGGAAAUGUACACUUAUUUUACAUAGGCGAUGUUUUUAAUUCAGGGAGAUUUGUUUUUAAAAGCAGGUCAGGUACAAUAUAAAUAAAAUAUAAAGUGUGUCGAUUUAUUAAGAGGUUAAAAUAUUUUGUAUCACAGCUUGAAUAUAUACUGUACUGCGCAACACGUGACUUCCUUUCCGGUCUAACCUGACAAUAUGGAUGCCAGCCGCGUGCAGCCGAUCAAGCUUGCUAGAGUCACCAAGGUGCUCGGGAGAACGGGUUCCCAGGGACAGUGUACCCAGGUCCGUGUGGAGUUCAUGGAUGACAGCAACCGGUCCAUCAUCAGGAAUGUGAAGGGGCCAGUCAGAGAAGGCGAUGUGUUGACACUUCUGGAGUCUGAAAGGGAAGCCAGGAGGCUACGAUAGUGCCCGGGGAUGAUGAGAUGCCAAACGAAAGCCUGUGGAGAUGACACCCCAUCAGUACACCUGAAAAUGGCCCCACGUCUCACUUGUGCAAAGUUAAUGAAAUAAAAUGUUGUUCAAGGUGAA